CUUUUCCUCAAGGCCGCCAAGCUAAAUAAACCCUCUCCGGAGCCGGCAGACUGCAGCAUUAGUCUAAGCAAAACAAUUAUACAUUUCUCAAAGCGGCAGACUGUAAGCAAGACCGAUCACCAUGACGGGAAAAGCAGGAGAAAGAGAACAAACUUUUAUUAAACGUCGACCGUCCACCGCAAACUUCGGCUUCCGUCCUCGAUUAAAACCCCUAAACCCCAUAUCCUCCAACUCUCUAAAAAUCUCAAAAACCCGAACACGAAAACAUUCGAUCCUCAACAAAUUCCAAUACAAAAGAACACCCACCCCAAAAUUAAACAAUCACACAUCUGCAACCCCAACGCCAAACAACACAGUCCUCCCCCUCAACACCAACCUCUACAUAUACCUCCGCCUCCUGACCCUGCCCUUCUUUGCUGACGGCUGCUGCUGUCCGCGAAGGCGGGCACGGUCAGAUGACGGAGGUACUUGUAGAGGUCGAUGUUGAGGCGAAUGACGCGGCGGAGGUGGGGAAAGAGUGCAAGCUUCAGGUGGAAGAAGGAGCACGCGUGAGGCGGC